UUAAUCUGAGACAAACACAGCGCUAGAAAGCCAUUUCUUUAAAAAGGAGAGCCUGACACGGUGUGAAACCUCUUGUUACUUCGGGCCGGCCGGCUGAGCCCAAACUGAGGGGUCCUUGGUGCUUUCUGAGCUUGGUUGUUUUCUUGCAGGCGCUUCAUUACCCAAACUGAGUAAUACAGUCGACGUAUUUCUUUCCCUGGGUUUAAGAAAGGAAGGAAACCGUUCGCUUUCUCCGCGUUCAACGCUGCAAUUCGGCUCUGCGGAUUCUUCGGAAGCUGCGAGUUACGCUUCGCUGCACUCCGAGGCGUUUUCCCCCCUCGCGGCCAGUGACCGGCUUCGCUCAGUCCUUGCUCUGCAGCAGUCCGAGCGAGGCGGACUUAAAACUCUUAAGGAUCCGCGCCGGGUCUCCUCCUGCCAACUUGGGCUUUCUUUGGUCGCUGGAGUCGAUGUUGAUGUUGAAAGGCGAACCUUGAGGUGCCGCCCUCGACGCGCUGGAGAGUCAAAGUCACUUCGCCUUAAGUCGCCUUUCUAAAAUCAUUGCGCAGAAAUUCUCCUGCCCUACUGUCUCCGGCGGAAAGAGCGCCCUUCCCCGCGCCAACCCGCGGGUUAAUUUGGGUAGCACUCCAGGAUGGCCAGUAGCAAAGAAUUUACAGACUAUGGGAAGGGCAAGAAAAAUCAGGAUGCCACAGAACCGAAAUAUUUUAUCCUUGAGAGAAAAUGCUGCGCUCUUAAGCGACCCAAGCAAAACAAUCAUUUACAAAGAAUCAAGAUAGCCCCUCCCCCCCUUACAUAAACCAAACAACCUGAAGGAGCCUUAUGGCUAGCGUUGCCUGCUCAAGAUCACAGCCAGCCCUUGAAGGUUUAAAUGCAAGAGAGGCAGCCUCAUCGGGGUCAGUAUUUGAAUAAAUACGACCCGUGGACAUACUGCGCGGCGGCAACGCGAUGCGAGUCUCCUUUAGGGGGACGCAGCGUGAUCCGUCCCGAUUAAACGAACUUAAGUUACUGGUAAGAAUUCACCCCAAAGGCGGGCAAGCUAAAAAAUUUAUUGCAACUUAAAUUAUCGUUGGUAAACGUCGACGGAAAACAGAGAAGUUACUUAGAAAGAGUAAUCUGAUUCAAAUAUCAAGUAAACCAGUUGCUCGCUUGGAAAUGGCCCGUUAAACAAGCCACCCUUAGCUACCGUUUCUUACUAACUACAACAGACUAAAGCAUAAGCUGCGAUUUAUUUAGCCUUGGCUCCCGGGGCCGUCGGCUAAAGGACCCAAGCCGGGCUUUGGCCCGAAAGGUCAAAGUCACUCACCGAUGGAUAGAAACACCCGCCUGACUUUCGCCGCUCGAAGCGCCGCCGCCCGUUUCCCCUCCUUUCUUAAGGCCGGCGAGGAAGUAGGGAAGGGAGCGGGGCGCAGAAUAGACGGAUCAAACGCCGCGGGCUCUGCCUCCGAAAGAGCGGAGGAAUCUGAUCGCCCGCCGGGCAUCUCGAGGGUCCGGGUCCAAAGCGUUUUCGAAGAUGCGGUCUUGGCCUGCGGGAUGGGGGUGGCAAAUCGGAUGCCGGAGUUUUGCGCCGCCGCCGCCCACCGGGCUUUUAGUCCCCUCCCGCCUGGAGGGUCUGACCUCAGUGAAAGCGAGCAGAGCGCUUAGGAAGAGAGCUGGAGGGAAACGGCGCGGAUCCUAAGCCCGGGAAAAGGAGGAGGAGGAGGAGGAGGAGGAGAUCGGGCGGCUCGGGCGCUCGUUUUCGGCCCGGUGGACUUCGGAGAAGCUUUUUCCGUGCGGGGGGAGGGGAUCUGCGAGGAGCGCUCCCAACCCUGGGCCAUGUAUUGGAAGAGCAGCCAGAUGUUUGUGUGUAAACUGGAGAAGGACGUGCCUGCGCUUCGCCUCGCGACGGAGAAGUUCCCGAAGCUCAUGGCUGAGGAGAGCGAGCGAGGGGCAGCCGCUGCCGCAGUGAGUGGAAGGAGGCGGAAAAGCGUCGGAGACACAGGGCUGGUGAGUCCAGAGGUGGUGGCUGAUGAGGAUUCUUGCUCUUCUUCCACCCCGCUGUCGCCGUCCUCUUCGCCCCGUUCCCUGGCUUCUGGCUCGGGCAGCUGCGGGUCCAGCAAAUGCAUCUGUAAUAGUUGUGGUCUAGAGAUUGUGGACAAGUACCUACUGAAGGUAAAUGAUAUGUGCUGGCAUGUACGCUGCCUUUCCUGCAGUGUAUGCAGGACCUCUUUAGGAAGGCAUACCAGUUGCUAUAUCAAAGACAAAGACAUUUUCUGCAAACUAGAUUAUUUCAGACGGUACGGAACACGCUGUUCUCGCUGUGGUAGGCAUAUACAUUCUACUGACUGGGUUCGAAGAGCCAAGGGAAAUGUGUAUCAUUUGGCUUGCUUUGCCUGUUUCUCCUGCAAAAGGCAGCUUUCCACAGGAGAGGAGUUUGCUUUGGUUGAAGAGAAAGUCCUCUGUAGGGUGCAUUAUGAUUGCAUGUUGGACAACUUGAAAAGAGAAGUUGAAAACGGGAAUGGUAUUAGUGUAGAAGGUGCAUUAUUAACAGAGCAAGAUGUUAAUCAUCCCAAACCAGCAAAAAGAGCUCGAACCAGUUUCACAGCUGAUCAGCUGCAGGUAAUGCAAGCACAGUUUGCUCAAGAUAACAAUCCAGAUGCACAAACACUGCAAAAACUGGCAGAAAGAACAGGCUUGAGCAGGCGUGUGAUACAAGUAUGGUUUCAAAAUUGUAGAGCACGCCAUAAGAAACAUGUUAGCCCCAACCAUUCAUCUACUGCUCCUGUUUCAAAUGUUCAAGCUUCAAGACUUUCACCACCAAUGUUAGAAGAAAUGGCCUAUUCAGCAUAUGUGCCACAAGAUGGGACAAUGUUAACAGCUCUCCAUAGUUACAUGGAUGCUCAUUCAUCUUCUGCUCUCGGACUCCAGCCUUUGCUAACCCAUUCACUGACACAACUGCCAAUAAAUCACAGCUGAUUUAUUUAUUUCAGGGACAUGAGAUUAAGGAGAUACAUUCUGAGUCACCUAUUGUACUCUGCCAGUGAAAAUCAAUGUAAUCUUAAAUAGCAUCCAAAGUGUUUUGAAGACCAUUUAGUUGCCCAAGUAUGUAAGUAUAGAUGGCUUGCAGGACACUUUUAUGGCUUUCUCCAUAAAUACUGUAUGUUUACAAACUUUAUUGAAGAGAAACAUCUUUUUUUUUUGUAUUGUCUGGAAGUAGUCCAUUCUAGCUAUGUGUUUGUUAAUUUAUUUAUCAUCAAAAGAGCACUUUGCCUAAAAGACAGGACUGACAAUUGUGCAAAAUGUUUACAAUUCUUUGUGAAAUUAUAGUUCAUCAUUAGUUUGUAUCUGUAAGUUAUUGUUAUUAAAGUAUUACUUGUAUUUGAGUUACAUGCAGCCUAUACUUCAAAGCUUAUGUCCACAAAUUGGCAAAAUUUCAGUUGCCAGCAUUCUCCAAUUGACCUAAAUAAAGCCUUCUGUUGUAGCAUGCCAAACAAAUAUGGCAAUGUGUUAAUGGUAUAAUUGUGUUUUUUUUAAAAUAAAAAACAGCAUGAUUUUACUAGUUGUAAAGAUAUAAGCAGAAAGCAGACUCUGUAAUUGUUGAAUCUGGAAAUCUCUAAAUUAGAGGGUAAUGACAACUUGAUGUGAAAUAAUUUAAAUGUAGAUAGACAUUGAACAUUAAUGAUGAACAUUACAAAAAGAAAAUGCACUAUUAGGCUAUUUAACACUUUCCUAUUUUUCUGGUUUGGCUUUCUCCAGGAUGUAUUGCAUCUACCAAAGUUUCUGAGUUAUGUACCAGAGUUAUAUGUAUUUAUAUUUAUAAUAUAUUUAAUAGUCCAAGACAAUCCUUAAAUAUCCCAAAGUUUUUUAAUCAAUGGCCUACAUAAAAGUUUUAACCAAUAAAUCUAUUCCACCUGAGUUCAGCUUCAGGUAUACAUAUAGACAUCCAUAU